AUGACGACUCAGCUGCAUACAGAUCCUCGCCAGCCUAGGUCGCUCGCGGAUAUGACGACUCGUUUACUUACAGCUCUCCAUUCGGAAUCCCGAUCUGUCUACUCACGUCUCAAAUUGAGUCUCGAAGUCGUUGCGGAAGACCGCUGGUACAGACAUGCGGAAAUGGUCGUGUGCUCCAUCUUUUGCGCACAUGAAGACGAAGACUAUGACAGUUGGACUGCGCGAGCCAUCGACUCCGAGUGGCACAAAGACUCUCACGGUUACUCCAUUGACAUAGUCGUAUCAAAGAUACGCACCGUUCUUGAAACCAACGGCAAGAAUACCCCUGUGGUCCACAGAAUCAGAUUCCUUGUCUGGUUGGGUCUUCUUACGCAGUGUUGGCACGAGGCUGAGCUCCUCAAAUGGCUGGCUUGUCAAGAGUACCUGCUGUAUCUAUGCCGCGGUGGCACAGUUGACUUUGGUAUCGACUUGUGGCUGGACACACUGUGUAAACGCACUAAACAAGCACUGCCACGCCUGCACUCAGACCUAUCAGUCCUAUUGACAACCGUGGGUAUGAGAUCCAGAAAAGGCACAGAUUAUGCCAUCACAGAGCCCAAUACCGUCUUCCGCGAACCGAGGAUCGUGCAAAGCCUAGCCAGCGGUCACGGUCUGGAUGCCUGGCCCCGCAACAUAUCACCACCUACAAAUCAGCAGAUCAAUAAUAAGCCCCAGAUCGAACUGCAGACUGCGGUUCAUCUCCGAGCACUCCAGGACAAGGAAGUCAUGCUUGAAACAGCGCUGAAAGUCUCUGGAUUAAGACUCUUGAAGAGAAGAGACGACCUUGCGGCCUACUGUGAGCAGAUCGACAACAUCCCAACUUGCCAGGGCCAGGAGCUGGAUACCAUCAUGCCAGUCUCCAAGUUUGCGCAGGCCGCAGAGCACAACGACAUGGAAAUGUGGCGCCGUCUCGAUAUGGAAAGACAGUCCAUCCGCAUCACCAUUGGACGAUUGCAGAAGCUUUUGGGCAUUGAGAAGAAGAUGAACCACAACAGAAACAAGAAUAAGAACAGGGCAGCAAAGAAGAAGGAGAAGAAGCUGCAGCAGGGCAAGGCAACAGCGAACCAAGGGGACACCGACCACGAGGCCGAGGCCGAGGCAGAGGUGGAACCCCCUUCCAUCUAA